AUCGAUAUGGUACAAAGGCAAUAGAGAAUUAUGAGGAUCAUAAUAGUAAUAAGGACUCUCCUAAUCUCCACUCUCUUCUAAUAAUUAGCUACAUGUGCGUACUGUUGGAUGAAGACUGUACCAACACGUAUCAGGCCACGAACGUUUGUAAUGUCACGGCGCACAACAUAAAGUAUAGCUCGGAGUUGUCGAUCCAGCUGUCAGUGCAGGAAUUAUUGGACUACAUGAAUUACAAAUCCGUAGAGUAUAAGGAUUCAGCAAGAGUGGAGGUCAUUCUGAAUUGGGUGGUUGACAAUCACUUUUCCCUAAAGGAAAACUAUCUGCAUACCACCGGCAAGCUCGGUAUUAACUAUCUAGAGAAAGAGAAGGUAGAAAGAUAGAACUUUUUCACCUCUCAUUUCAUCAACCUUUAAUUAACGUCCAAAACCAAAGAGUCUCUCACUCUAGCAUUGUACCUGGACAAAAAAUGGAAAAACCAAAGACAUCGGCCCUUCGAACAACAGAAGUCAAAUUUAGAAUCCACAGCUUUGUCUAUGAGACAAACAUGAAGAAAUUGCUAUGAACAUCACGAAACUACACAAGUCGGUUCCACAAUUCCAACUUGUCCACAUUGUAAUUCACAAUGAAGUUGACAAAUAUGUCAAUCACUGAUGUCAACCAAAGACAAUCCAUGCAUGUUCAGGAACUUUCUACUGGGCUUGUUGCACGAGUUUCUUUAGAACAACGAAAACUGACUCAUACGCAAGGUAUGAUGAGAAAUGUAGGUAAUUUCACAAAUGUCUAAUAUCUCUCAAAAUAUAAAUAAUUCUAAGAUGUUCUGAACGACAGGGCGAGAAUCAUGAUCAGGAGGUCAAAGAAGGCAUUAGAUUUCAGCGGGAGGACAACAAUAAAAACCUCCUCACGAAAAGUCCUUUGGAGAAAAAGAGCUCUCCUCUCUGCCUUUGAUCAUUGUCCAAAAUAGUCUCUCGUCCAUUAGAAAAUGCAAAAUUGGGAAGGAAGGAAACAGAACGAAAGGAGCAUCACACAAGAGAGACUCCAAAUUGGAAAGAUGAAAUGGAUAGAGAAUAAGAUGUUUUUGGAAGC